AUACUCUGUGGGCACUCAACCUUCAUUCGUUUCUAUAAGGGCAGAAACAACUAACUUUGGUUGUGUAUCGGGUGAUACCGAAUGGGAGAGUAGAGAUAUCGGGAAAGCUUAGUGUAUCGUGUCGGUUUUACUAAUACUAUGGAAAUGAUAAAAUUGUAAGUCGGUCAAGCGAGAGAGAAAGAAGGUAUGGAGAAGGCAGAGAAAGGAAAGUGGAAGCGGAAAAAGAAGGAAGGAGAUAAUUGUAGAAUUAACAAUCUCGAUGAUGGUUGUCUUAUGCACAUUUUCAGCUUCUUAUCCCCAAUUCCAGAUCGGUAUAACACCGCCCUCGUUUGCCACAGAUGGCAUUUCUUGGCAUGUCACCCUCGCCUAUGGCUCCGAGUAGACCGGUCUAUCAAAGAUACAUCUCAACCUGGAGUCUUCCCCAGCAUUGAGAUGGCUGUGUCUGCUGCUAGACCUGGUGACACCAUUCUUAUCUCAGCGGGUGGAAGUCAUCUUGCCUCAAAUAUUCAAAUAAACAAACCACUCUGCCUGAUUGGUGGAGGUGAGCUUCCUGAUGAAACAAUGCUCUUAUGCUCUCGAGGUUCAGACAGUGCAUUGGAGUUCCUGUCAACUUGCAAAUUGGCAAACCUUACGGUGAAAGCAGAGCUCGGUUGCUGCUUGCUUCAUAGAAGUGGAAAGCUUACGAUAGAUAGCUGCGUACUUCAGUGUGAGUCAGACCCUCUGGACUACCUGUCAUGCCCAAUCGUGAGUACCGCUGGAAAGCAUGAGGUAUUAUCUGCCCCAAUGAAAACUAAUGGUGAUAGUGUUACUGUUUCUCAAACUCGGAUUGAAGGAGGUGCCAAGGCUGUUCUUACAAACGGGGACCUGGUCUUGCAGCGAGUUCGAGUCAUCUACUCUCGAACUUAUGUUUAUUUCUGGUUCGAUGUAGGACAUAAAUGAUUGCUCACAUUUGAGCUGGCCUGUACCAUAAUGAAACCAGCACGUUAUUUAUAUGAUUUCAUUUAUGAUACUUCACCAAUAACGCCUUUCACGUAUAAAAUAAAACUUCAUGGAUCA